GCAUGGGAUCCUGGACCACUCGCCCUUCCUUCUCCACCAUCUUCUUUUUCUUCGUCUUUGUGGUGUCGGUCAUCUUCCACUGCCACCUGCGCCUGGCGCUGGUGCCCGCCCCCUGGGCCUCCCGCGGCCUCGUGGUCCUGGGCCCCAGGCGCCUCCCCCAGGGGGGCAUGUGGACCAUCAACUCCCAAGGCCGCCUGGGCAACCAGAUGGGCCAGUACGCCACGCUGUACGCCCUGCUGGACUGGUUCCGGGCCCGCCACCCCGCCCCCGUCUUCGUGGUCACCAGCGAUGACAUGGCCUGGUGCCGGCGGAACAUCAACAGCUCCCUCGGGGACGUGGUGUUCGCGGGCAACGGUCGCCAGGGCUCCCCCGCCAAGGACUUCGCGCUGCUCAUGCAGUGCAACCACACCGUCUUCACCGUGGGCACCUUCGGGGUCUGGGCCGCCUACCUUGCAGGAGGGGACGCCGUCUACCUGGCCAACUUCACCCUGCCCCACUCCCGCUUCCGCACGAUCUUCAAGCCACAGGCGGCCUUCCUGCCCCAGUGGGUGGGCAUCGCCGCCAACCUUGGGCCUGCCGGAGAAAACAGCCCCUAGCCCUGUACGUGUCCCUCCCUCAUCCUCGGGGGACAGGCAGUGUAUGGGGUCCAGCACAGGGGCUCAGGAUUGGCCCCCCAAGUUUGAAUCCAGGCUGCUCUGCUUCUCGGCUGGGUGACCUCGAACAAGCGACUUAACCUCUCUGUGCCUUGGAGUGCCGCCUGGAAAAUGGAUGAAAUACAGAAGCUACCUCGGCAGCCGCUCCUGAGAACUCGGUUCAUUUAGAGCCUGGAAACGUGGUGAGUGCUAGCGGCCCAGGAGAUGGGAGCCGAGUUUUGCUCUCUCCUCUGCGGCUCUGGGAGCACAGAGGCCAGAUAUUUUGCCCUUGCCUCCUGGGAGGGUUUGGCGAUGAAGCCAUCCCUGCUCUCAACUAAAGGGGAGUGGGUGUUUUUGGCAGCUAAGAAUUCAGGCUUUGGGUUUAAUGGGGCCUUAUGAAAACACACUAGAGGCC